CGAGCGCUAGUGUUGUGUUCGUCUUGGCGCAUGCGCACGUACGUAAAGUGCGCGCACGCUUCGGAGACGUGCGCGUGAAAAAGCAUGCGUGCGCGGGCCCAGCUGUACUGGUCGAUUUGUGUUCCGCGGCGCGUGUUUGUGUGUGGUUUUUUGUGUAGUUUUGUGUCGUGGCGGUUGCUGGUGCGGGCUAAAUGUAGGAUCAGCGCGAGAUGGCCGAUCUCUCUCUGCUGCAGGAUUCACAGGAGGACACGGACGGAUAUGGCUACAGCUCAGAGUCUGACGCCAUUAUAAUCCCCUCAGCUCUGGAUUUUGUGUCUCAGGAUGAGAUGUUGACUCCUCUGGGACGACUUGAUAAAUACAUCAACAGUGAGAACGUCUUUAACAGACAGAUGGUGGCCCGCAGUAUUCUGGACACGCUGCGAGUGAUCAGUGAUGAUGACAGUGAGUGUGUGUGUGUGCUGGAGAGGAUCGAAAGGCUCGCCGAUGACUCUGAGCCGACGGUUCGAGCAGAGCUCAUGGAACAAAUCCCGCACAUUGCGAUAUUCUGUCAGGAGAACCGACCGUCCAUUCCAUUCGCCUUCUCCAAGUACCUCUUACCCAUCGUGGUGAGAUACCUGGCAGACCAGAAUAAUCUGGUUCGUAAGACCAGUCAGGCGGCUCUUCUGGUUCUUCUGGAGCAGGAGCUGAUGGAUCGAGGUGAUGUGGAGGGUCUGGUGUGUCCUGUGCUGGUGGACCUCACUGCUCCUGACAGUAAUGAUGAUGUGAAAACUGAAGCCAUGGCUAUCAUUUGUAAAAUGGCACCGAUGGUUGGGAAGGACAUCACGGAGCGACUCUUUCUGCCCCGCUUCUGUGAGAUGUGCUGCGACUGCCGCAUGUUCCACGUACGCAAGGUUUGUGCUGCAAACUUUGGUGAUAUGUGCAGUGUUGUUGGAGGAGAAGCUACAGAAGAGCUGCUGUUGCCGAGGUUUUUCCAGCUGUGCUCUGAUAAUGUGUGGGGCGUGAGGAAGGCCUGUGCUGAGUGUUUCAUGAGCGUCUCGUCGGCCACAUCUCCAGAAGUGCGGAGGUCGAAGCUCUCUUCUCUCUUCAUCAGUCUGAUCAGCGACCCGUCCCGCUGGGUGCGUCAGGCGGCGUUUCAGUCUUUAGGUCAGUUCAUCUCCACGUUCGCUAGAGCGUGCAGUAACGCGGGUCAGUACUUCAGAGACUCCAGCGGUGAGAGCGACUGGACACACGGCACAAACACAGACGGCGCGUGUGGCAACUCGGCAGAGACGCCCUCUGUCUCACCGCAGGAGAGCUGUGUUUCGCACAAUGCAGGCUGUGAGGAGCAGAGCUGUGAUGACGAUGAUGAUGAUGAUGUAGGGGAGGAGGGUGGAGGUGAGCAAACAGCUGAGGUUCUGUCAGCUGAUGAUGAGUCUGAGUGCCUUCCUGAAGAGACCGAGAAUCCAUCGACAUCACCCGAACCCAACCUCCAGGACAUCCCAGAUCACGAGCUCUUUAACUCAUUCCACUACUGGAGGAUGCCCAUCCCAGAGCUGGACCUGAAUCUGCUGGAGGAGGACAUCCCAGCGUCCACUGCUCCUGCUGCUCCCACUCUGGACAGAAAACAUCUGGAGGAACUCAUUGAGAACCUGGAGCCGCACAUCGAUGAUCCUGAUGUCAAAGCUCAAGUGGACGUCCUGACAGCCGCUCUGAGAGCCACAGUGUUGGAUUCUGGGAUAGCAGGUGCGUUCCUGGAGCCCUGGCUGUCACAAUCGAACCCCUUUAAUUCCCAGCAGCCCCCUGAUCUCCUGUCAGCCAGCACACAGCUGAGUCGUUAUGAUGAGGACUCGGACGCGAGCGACAGUUUGAAUCCUGAAGACGAGCAGAAAUCUAGACAUCAGGAUGUGGUUCCUCAGGCGCUACUGGAUCAGUAUCUGUCCAUGACCGACCCGUCCCGCGCUCAGACUGUAGACAUGGAGAUCGCCAAACACUGCGCUUACAGUCUGCCCGGUGUGGCCCUGACGCUGGGACGCCAGAACUGGCACUGCCUCAGAGACACCUAUGAGACGCUGGCCUCCGACAUGCAGUGGAAGGUCAGGCGGACGCUCGCGUUCUCCAUCCAUGAGCUGGCUCUGAUUCUGGGUGAUCACCUGACAGCCGCUGAUCUGGUGCCUGUGUUCAACAGCUUCCUGAAGGAUCUGGAUGAAGUGCGGAUCGGAGUCCUCAAACAUCUCUACGACUUCCUCAAGCUCUUACAUCAGGACACACGGAGGAAAUAUCUCUACCAGCUGCAGGAGUUUCUAGUGACGGACAACAGCAGAAACUGGAGGUUUCGCUCGGAACUAGCAGAGCAGCUGGUUCUGUUGUUGGAGUUGUACAGCCCUCAAGACGUUCAUGAUUAUCUGAGACCGCUGGCCUUCUGUCUGUGCACAGAUCGUGUCUCAUCUGUUCGCUGGACGUCUUACAGACUGGUGAGUGAGAUUGUCAGGAAACUGUCCACAUGUUCGGCUCUGCUGGGGAAUUUUCUCAGUGAGCUGGUGGAUAAAUUCUGUCAUUCAUCCAAGUGGUCGGGGCGGCAGGCCUUUGCUUUCGUCUGUCAGUUGUCUAUAGAAGAGGAAUGUCUGACUCUGGAUCAGUUCUCAGAACACCUGCUGCCUCCUCUACUGCAGCUGGCGUCUGAUCCCGUUCCCAACGUCCGUGUGCUCCUCGCCAAGACCCUGCGUCAGACGCUGCUGGAGAGAGAAUACUUCCUCAACUCGGCCAACUGUCACCAGGAGGCGCUGGAGCACACGCUGGUCACUCUGCAGACGGAUGUCGACAAGGAUGUGAAAUAUUUCGCCAGCAUUCAUCCAGGGAGCAACCGCCUCAAUGAGGACGCCAUGAGCACCACCUCGUCUACAUACUGAACACACAGGUGUCUCUGAUUGGCCAGAGACUGAGAAAACUUUCCCAGAAUGCACCUCGCUACAGCAGACACUUCUGGGGUUUGUGUGCGCUCUUAUUUGUUAUGCCACAGAAGCCUUAAAACCGUCUUCCUUACAGCAGGAGAUACUUGAAAAGCUGAAGAAGCUGAAGGCGACAGUCCGUUUUCUUCCUCUCCUGAUGGGACCUAACGCCUGUCUGUCUCUCUGUGAGCUUUACAGAGGCACAGACUGUAGCGCAGACGUUUGAUUCUCUGAGAGUCUCAUCAUACUGCAUCAUUACAGUAGUUACAAAGGUGACUUCAUCACGAAUGUCCAUCUGAUCUCAAGGGCUCGAGUCGUGGUUCAUUUUAAUCUCACGUGCAGCACAUUGUUGUACUGAUGGACGUCUCUCAUAUGAAGAGACCCUUGUCUGCAUAGAAACUAAUGUAAACUUUUUUAAAGUGAUGUCACGAGCGGUCUAUUUCUCUGAGAAUGUAAACAUGAUAUUCAACACUUGAAGCCUCAAGUAUUUUAAUGCAAAAAUUAUCUUUCGCUCUUUAUAUGUUCUGUAUAUAUUCUGUUUUGAUCAUGAAUAGCAUCGCUGUUAUUCUCUUAACCUCUCCAGAAUAAAAUUUCACACAAAAUGA